UUGAUUGAAGAACAACCUAACAUAAGUAGCACUUAUACAUCGAAUGAAAUGAUACUUGUACCAGCAACACCUUGUAAUGAACAUGUUAUACAGCCUGUUGUACAGCCUGUUAUUGAAGAUAUUGAUGAUCAUGUUGGUGAUAAUGGUCGCCCAAUACUUGGAAAAUUUUUGCCGAAAGACAAUUUUGAUUUGAAUGUAACUAAAUUUCAAUGGGUUGAAAUUCGAAUAAAUAUCACAGGCAUCAACUGGAAUGUGGACCAUGAUGAUAAAAAAAGAAUCACGAUUGCUCAGCCAGUAUUGAGUUACAUUGGUUUCCCAUCAAAAUCCGAUACACAAUAUUUCAUUGAAUCAAAUAUGUCUAUAGAGCUUGACCCAAAAACCCUUAUCGUGGAAGUGUUAAAAGAACAAAG